CAGACCCCAACAACCUGCGGCCAGGAGGCGGUUCCGAAGGCUGAAAGAGUAUAGAUAUGCAGCUCUUCUGGCACUUCCAUCAAUCGGACCAUUAGCUCUUCACUACUUCUCACCUCACACUCCAGAGAUCGAACAGUUGUUGGCUUGAUACGAAGUAAACAAGGUCUAUAUCCCUUUCCUUUUACACGACGACCAUGGCUCCAACCGUUACUUGGCGUGCGGGUACCGCCCCCCGCAAUCCAAUACAAGCCAAUGGCAUCCUCGCCGCCUGUCAAACAGCAGCUCAAGAUGCUGAAUUUGCAGAUUUUCUCACAAUGGAGAUAUGGACUGGACGGCAUACGAGCCGCAGUGACCGAGCCACCCAUGCCACGACCCGACUCAAGACCGUGAUCCAGACGGCCAACGGGCAACACCAGGUCGCCCACAUCUACCUAGACGAGAACUACACCUACACCGGCCAUGCUCUUUACCCCAACGUCAAGCACGACUGAGUCUAUCAAGCCAGGUGGUAUCCUUUUACAGAUGUCUGGCCCGUUCGUUGGCGCAUUUGUUACAAGUUUAGUUCUCAAUGGGUCCGAAUUGUGCGGUAAGGUUGACAAGCUCGAAGGCGGUCCAGGGCGGUGGCUUUUGGUGACCAAGAUUGUCAAAGAUAGGUACUUUUGGAUACGUCAAUGGUGGAUGGCAUUGAAUGCAAAGAGAAGAAGUCAUUGAAGUCUAGUGCGGUUUUGGCCCAAGUUAAUACACCGUUUAUAAUCAAGCAUGCAAAGUUCGUUAUUCAGAGCCUCGUGCACUCACGGCCUCUUCAUAAUGUGUGUCUAUGGUUAGAGAGGUGCUCCAUACUUGCUUGCGAGAUUUUCAUGUCUU